AUGGAUACUACUACUGUUCUAGACAAGUAUACACAAGACUUGUCGAACCUCCCACUAGAGGUAAAGCACUUGUUGCAAGAGAUUAAAAUAAAAGAUACCCAGCUUCAAGAGAGAAGAAAAAAAUGCCAAACAAAGGAUUCACAGAUUCAUAAGUUCAUUCGAGCAAAUGGGACUCUCACGAAACACCCUAAGGAACAACAAAUGUAUGCUCGAAUAGAGGAAGACAUGGUGGCGAUUAAAAAGCUUCAAAAGGAAAAGAUUCUUUUGGCAAACACUGCAUUAUUCCUCAUAUCAAAGCAUUUGUGUAAUUUUGAAACUGAUGUUUCCAAAUUGGAAAGAGAAGGCAUGUUACCAGUUGUUGAAAAUGUUUUGGAUGUAGAUAAUGCGUCUGAUUCAGCCUCGGGUGCAGCAGGUGCUAGUGAUGGUGUGUCGGGAACGUCGACUCCAAAGCCAUCAGACUCAUCAACUGCCAAUGUCAAGAGAUUGCAGAAGAGAAAACAGGCUGGUUCCAUACGAGUAUCUUCAUCUAUGACCCCUAAUUCUAGCAGACCACCUAAGCGACAAAGAUCAGAAGAUGCAGAGGAUUCCACACCUGGCGAAGGAACCCCUGUCAACCAUAGAGAGCACAUGCAUGGUGCUGGUGGGAGUACUGGUGCUGGUGCUGGCGCUGGUGCUGGAGAUGAUGCUGAUAAUAACCUCUAUUGUUUCUGUCAACGUGUUUCUUUUGGUGAAAUGAUUGGUUGUGAUAACGACGACUGUAAGUAUGAAUGGUUCCAUUGGGCAUGUGUGGGGAUUACUUCUCCACCUAAAGAUGAUGAUAUUUGGUAUUGUCCUGAUUGUUCUCCAAAGAUGGAAAAGAGAAAGAAAAAGAGAAAGUAG